UAUUUGGCAAGAAGAUAUUUUUUCUUCAAAAUUUGUAUCUAUUUGCAGUUAAAGGGUAGAAUUACAGCAAAAGAGCUACAACCAAACAUUUCUUUAUAGUGGAAGUUCCAUCAUUGUUGACUAAAUUUGUGGCUAACUCCAACAAAGACAUUCUUUCCCUCUAUCCUUUUCAUUAAUGUGAUGACUGAUGAGAACUUAGCACUACUACAUGGUACUAUAUAGUGUUGUUGUUGUGAAGGGAGGAGUAUAAGAGAAUUACGUCUUUGAACGUUUCUACUAAUAGGUGAAGGCUUUAUACAGCUCAUGUUUUAUGUAAUAUCUAUUAAGCUACCUGCAUAUUUUCAAAGAGUUGCUUUGAGGUUUUUAGUUUCCGUUGUCUAAGAAUAUAUCGAACGGAGAUGGAAGCUCAACGUUCUCUAGAACAAGAGAAAACUUCAGGCAAAGAGGAUGAAGAUACAAUUAGAACAGGAACUUUGUGGACUGCAGUUGCGCACAUCAUUUCAGCUGUAAUCGGAGCUGGUGUUCUCUCUCUAGCCUGGUGCACAGCACAAUUAGGAUGGAUUGCAGGGCCAAUCACCAUGCUUUGUUUUGCAGUUGUUACAUACAUAUCUGCAUCUCUCAUAUGUGAUUGUUACAGGUCACCUGAUCCCAUAACAGGAACGCGAAAUCCCUCUUACAUUGAUGCCGUUAGAGUUAAUCUUGGCAAGAAAUGGACGUGGUUGUGUGGUUUGCUUCAGUAUGUGAGCUUCUAUGGGACUGGUAUUGCUUAUGUAAUUACAAGUGCAACAAGUAUGAGAGAAAUUCAGAGAUCAAAUUGUUACCACAAAGGAGGAGAAAAUGCUGUUUGCCAGACUGGGACAAACAAUUUCAUGCUGAUUUUUGGCAUUAUUCAGAUAGUAACGUCGCAGAUACCAAAUUUUCAUAACAUGGCGUGGUUGUCCGUUGUUGCUGCGUUAAUGUCAUUUUGCUACUCUUUCAUCGGAUUGGGCCUUGGAUUUUCUAAAGUGAUUGAAAAUAGGGGUAUCAAGGGAAGCAUUGUGGGAGUACCAACAAGGAGUGCUGCUCAGAAGAUUUGGUUAGUUUUCCAGGCACUCGGAGACAUUGCUUUUGCCUAUCCUUAUUCGAUUAUUCUCCUCGAGAUACAGGAUACACUAAAAUCGCCUCCACCAGAAAACCAGACCAUGAAGAAGGCGUCAAUAAGCGCAAUAGUUAUCACCACUUUCUUCUAUCUAUGCUGUAGUUGCUUCGGAUAUGCAGCCUUUGGGAACGACACACCAGGGAACCUCUUGACAGGUUUCUACGAGCCAUUUUGGCUUGUUGAUUUUGCCAAUGCCUGCAUAGUCCUUCAUCUGGUUGGAGGGUAUCAGGUAUACAGCCAGCCAGUAUUCGCAUUUGUUGAAAAAUGGGCAACUCAGAAGUACCCUGAGAGCAGAUUCAUAAAUAAAUUCUACGCCAUCAAACUCCCGGUGUUGCCUGCUCUCCAGUUGAACCUCUUCCGGUUAUGUUUUCGAACUCUAUAUGUUAUAUCUACAACAGCAAUAGCAAUGGCAUUUCCAUAUUUCAACCAGGUAUUAGGAAUCUUGGGAGCAUUGAACUUUUGGCCUAUGACCAUAUAUUUUCCAGUGGAAAUGUACAUUGUGCAAAGAAAAAUUGGAGCUUGGACAAGAAAAUGGAUACUUCUUGAAGGUUUCAGUAUGGUUUGCUUGAUUGUAUCUUUACUGGGCUUGAUUGGAUCAAUUGAGGGAAUAGUUAGUGCUAAAUUAGCUUAAAUUGUAAGAUCUUACUAUUAAAUAGUAGCUAGUAAGAUUUGUAAGCCAAAAGACACUGUAUUCAUGCCAUUCUUCAAAUGGAAUUUACAAAUCUCAUUUAGUAACUUAAA